AUGAAGGGCUUCCAGCUUGGCAACCUCCUGGUCGCCGCCAUCGUCGGCGUUGCCUCCGGCGUCUACAUCUUCGACCCGCCUCUCCGGCAGUUUGGCGACAACUAUCGGCCAGCUCACAUCGAGGCCAUGAAGAAGGAAAUCGCCGAGCUGGAGUCCCAGGGCCUCGGCCAGGACCUCCCCCCGCUGCCAGACUUCGGCCCGGAUCGCGAGCAGCUCCUCUCGGCGCGCAAAAAUGCCGCUGCUGCCGCUGCUGCCUCCCCAAGCGACGGGCAGUGA